AUGACAAUGGUUAUUAUCCAAAAAGGAGAUGCAUGGAAUGAGAUAGAAAGAUGGAUACGAAAAGGAUUAGAACGAGAAAGUAUUGAGAAAACAGUUAAAAAAUUCACAAAAAAAAUGUAUGAAAUGGAUAUAAAGAAAACAAUGAAUAUUGGAGUUAAAUAUUUUGCAAGUUGUGGAUUAUAUUGUUUAGUUCAACCAAACACACCAUAUGAAAUCAUUUAUGAGUAUGGAAGAAUAAUGAUGAAUGAAGCAAAUCCAAUCAUUCAAAGAAAUAUGAGAUGUAUUGUUAUGAAAGUGAUUGAGAGUUGUUAUGAAAUGAAGAAAGACACCACAGAAAUACGACAAAUCAUCGAUAGAAAAACAUGUGAUAUGGAUAAAGUUAUUGAACAUUGA